AUGCACUUUACUUGGCUAAUCUUUUGCUUGCUGAUUUCGAUUGCAAGAGCCGCUCUGCUCAAGCCCUCAAAUUCUUGUUUAUCUUGUAUGAGAAUGGUUGAUGGAAUUAGGGAAAAGUUGGAAGAGCCAGACUUUGAACAGGAAUGCUACAAAAUUUGUGUGCGGAAAUUGAAUGGACGAGUGCCGAUCUGCAAACGGAUUAGAGAGUACGAUGCUUUGUUGAGGGAAGCCUUGCAAAGCGGGGACUCGUCGAGAGUGAUCUGUGGCCCAUCGCUGUUUAAUCUGUGCUUCUUGGACAUCGUUGUGAAA